ACACAGUAUUUCUCUUUUUAUCCAGCAUUUCCAGUGAAUAUGAUGUAGAUGAAACACAUGUCUUCAUGGGAUUGUGUGCAACUGUUUUGCUCGCGUCCUUGAGCGUAGACCAUCUGUGACGAAUCACAACGCCUGACGUCAUUACAACUGCCAAUUUCCGGUUUAUGAGAUCACUUGGUACAAGGAGCCUGUUACAAGAUAAAGAUAAUGCAGGGCAGUUGUAACUAGUUUGAUUCAGAUAUAGAAGAGACGUCAACGCGGAUGUACAGCCCUGUUGCUGAUAAAUGAGGACAGGUGCGUGACUGGAAUAAAUGCAUUGACGAGUGGAUAUCUUAACGAGCCAUGACUACAAAGGAAGAAGUUAUUCGGAAACCGAACAUUCCGAUAUGGCGUACGAAACGAUACCAGAUGGCCCUUCUGUACUGUCUGGCCUUUCUUGUGCAAGGCAUCCUCAUGUACAACCUCAGCAUCUCCAUCGUGUGUAUGGUGAAGCAUGAUCUACAUGACAACGAGGUCAACACGGCGCCAUUUUCCAACGAGACCACGACUAACAAUACCAGGCUGGCAGAGGGUGGUGAGUUCCUGUGGUCCAAACAGAUUCAAGGCCUGCUUCUUGGUGCCAUGUUCUGGGGCUAUAUGGCAGCCCAGAUACCCUCGGGGUGGCUGAGCCAGAGGUACGGUGCCAGGAUGGUGGUGGGCAUCGGAGUGGGUGGUGCGUCGGUCGUCACGCUUCUCUCUCCGUUAGCAGCUAGAACAAACAUCUAUCUCUUCCUGGCCACCAGACUGAUAUUUGGAGCAUUGUUGACAGUGAUAUACCCAAGUUUGGCAACUUUCUGGUCCAAGUGGGCACCGCCGAGCGAGUACAGCAGACUUUUAACUAUCAGUCUACUAGGAUGUACUAUAGGCAAUGCCGUCGUGUUUCCGAUUGGUGGAAUACUUUGCGGCGAUGACGUCAGCCUUGGGUGGCCAUUUGUGUUCUACAUAACUGGUGGUGUGUCGGCAAUAUGGAGCGUGCUGUGGAUUGUCUUCGCUCGCAACACCCCAUCUCAGUCCCCGGGCAUAUCAGCAGAGGAGAGAGAAUACAUUGAAGAUAGUCUCAGACACCGGGUGUCCAUGAAAAGAGUCCGCACAACACCGUGGAGGAAAAUGUUCACUUCCAGACCCGUCAUCGCCGUCAUCACAACGCAUUUUCUAUCCAACUUCGUUCUCUACAUGCUUCUAACACAAGCACCAACCUAUUACAAUGACAUCUUAAAGCUAGACAUCAAAGCUAACGGGGUAUAUUCGAUGUUGCCAGUGAUAUGUAUGGGCGUAGUCGUGUUUGCCGGAGGACAGCUGUGCGACUUCUUCAUCUCAAGGAAGAUAUUCAGUGUUGGAGUGACGAGGAAGAUCGUAAAUGCUCUAGGUACACUGUUUCCCGGGAUCUUUAUGGUCAUUCUGGCUCAGGCAAAGCAGGGUCAAGAUGUGUUCGCAGUGGCGUUGAUGUGUCUGACCCUCGGCUUCAUGGGCUUCGGCUUCAGCUCCUACUGCAUCAACUACGGUGACAUCGCGUUACAGUACGCCGGCACGCUGUCAGGCAUAGGCAACGCCAUCAGCUCCCUACCGGGAGUGGCGGCCCCCUAUAUUGUGUCACAGCUCACCCCAAAUGGUACCCGGCAAGAAUGGCAACUGGCUUUCUAUGUCACUGCUGCCAUAGCAGGACUAUCGGCCCUUGUUUUUACCCUGUUUGGUUCCGGUGAACUGCAACCAUGGGCAACGCGACAAUCUGCACAGGAAGUGAUAUUCAUCGAAAAACCGAAUCAAACUAAAACAGAUUCUAUGCUGAAGUGUCAAAAGGACGAAGAUAUGCCAUGAAACACAUAUGAUAAACACAUAACGAAAUAAUCUUGGAAUCACACGGAGAUGUUGGUCCAAGACGGAUUACAUUUUCAACUUAAUGGCUGGUAUCAAUCACAAGCACUCUAUUGACAUCGGGUAUCAUCAAAGUCUCCCGUCCCACGUUGAAUACCCACCUCUUUGAUGCUGACAUCUCUAUGGAGUACAUCUUGCGACGGACAUGACACCAAAACAACCAGGACAGUCAUUGUAACCAGUCGAUCCUCAGAUACUGGCUCUAAAGAUUUUUACGAGUACCAGAGACAGACUCUGGAACAAGUGGGUAUGUUUCUUGAGUUUAGCAUCGGUGCCGAUUAAAACAGUAAUUGAGUUCAGCUCCCACUGACUUACAUGUUGCAGUCCAUUGCAACCAUUUUUACGAGUACCAGAGACAGACUCUGAAACAGUCUGUAGCAGACUCUGUAGCAGUCCAUUGCAACCAUUUUUACGAGUACCAGAGACAGACUCUGAAACAAGUGGGUAUGUUUCUUGAGUUUAUCAUCGGUGCCGAUUAAAACAGUAAUUGAGUUCAGCUCCCACUGACCUACAUGUUGCAGUCCAUUGCAACCGACAAACACAGUAUGAAGCUGAAGGAUCAUGGGCUAUCAGUGCGGUUCUUAAAUAGUUUUAUAUUUUCGGUUGUCCAAAAAUGACCUGGAAUUGAUGAAACAAUUUGCAUAGCUAGUAACGAUGGAUACAUUCCAAGCUGAAGUUAUGGUACCGUGUUAUGUUGGUGGCUUCCACUAUGCUAACAGCAGCAGUAACAUUCAUCUUAACAUCUGUCUUCCACAUUGGUCGCUGAUGAAGAUCAGCUGGCUGUAGCCUACCUGUCAUUACAUAACCAUUCAUUUAUACAGUGCAUUCUGUUUUGUUGAGUGAAAGGUAGUGUAAUAUUCCAAGUUUGUACAGCUUAAUAAGUUAACCUUAUACAAUGUUAUGUGAUAUAGAUAAAGGAUGUUUGUUCGUCUAAUUUUGUGUACAUAAAUAGCCACUUCAGGUAAUAUAGGAGGGAGAACAUCUGCUUCCAAUGUACAAAUAUGUAUCUUAAUACCUCAGGAAGAGAACCUACUCAUCAACUAACCUCUCAAAACUGUUGGCCUCUUAUCAAUCAUAAUAGUCUUGGCUUUGUUAUCCUUUGCUCUACAUUAUCAUUGUUAUUGUUUGUUAUUGUGUAUAUAUACUCCUACCUCAGCUCUGUAAAUCAUUAACCGAUGAAAGAGCAAAAACAUUCUCCGAAACGUUGUUUGCCUAUCCACAAUAAAGAAAAAAAAAUGA